CCCGCCCCGCCGGGAAAACACGAGCCGUCGCCGCGCUCCCCAAAUCGCCUCCUGCCUUCGGCCAACCGUCCCCAACGGCCGCCCGCGCACGGCUCCCGGGCCCCCUGGCUCUUCCCCGCAGGCCCCUCCGAGCGCCGGGGGGUGCUUUCCUCCCCGCCGCUUUGCACUUUCCCACCUCACAGGCACGCCGGUGGGCAGUGCCGCCAUGCCCCAGCCACAGGCUGCUCACGGGCCUAGGCGCGGCGGCCCGAGAUAGGGUCCCCUGAGCCUCCCGGGGGAGGAGAGGGAGCGAGCCGCGCGCUCCGCCCCCUCCCCCCGGGCUGUCGCCGCCGCCGCCACCUCGCUGCUUCAGCCUGGCGGGGAGGAGGAGGAGCAGCAGCAGGCCUCCGGGCCCCGGCACCGCCGCCCGCAGGACAUUUCUGAUUCAUUUGCAUCCUUGAAGAGCAUCUGUAGAAGAGGAAGGAAAAGAUGGGUGUGAAAACAUUUACUCAUAGCUCCUCUUCCCACAGCCAGGAAAUGCUUGGAAAGCUAAAUAUGCUGCGAAAUGAUGGACAUUUUUGCGAUAUCACUAUUCGUGUCCAGGACAAAAUCUUCCGGGCACAUAAAGUAGUACUAGCAGCUUGCAGUGAUUUCUUUCGCACGAAACUUGUAGGCCAAGCAGAGGAUGAGAACAAGAAUGUGUUGGAUCUGCAUCAUGUUACCGUGACUGGCUUUAUACCCCUCUUAGAAUAUGCUUACACGGCCACUUUGUCAAUUAACACAGAAAAUAUUAUUGAUGUUCUAGCUGCAGCCAGCUAUAUGCAAAUGUUUAGUGUUGCUAGCACCUGCUCAGAAUUCAUGAAAUCAAGCAUUUUAUGGAAUACACCCAACAGCCAACCAGAAAAGGGUCUAGAUGCUGGACAAGAAAAUAAUUCUAACUGCAAUUUUACUUCUCGAGAUGGAAGCAUUUCUCCAGUUUCUUCAGAGUGCAGUGUGGUAGAAAGAACCAUUCCUGUCUGCCGAGAAUCCCGGAGAAAGCGCAAAAGCUACAUUGUUAUGUCUCCUGAAAGUCCUGUAAAGUGUAGCACGCAAACAGGUUCACCCCAGGUAUUGAAUUCUUCAGCUUCCUACUCAGAAAAUAGAAAUCAGCCAGUCGACUCUUCUUUAGCUUUUCCCUGGACUUUCCCUUUUGGAAUUGAUCGAAGGAUUCAACCUGACAAGGUUAAGCAGGCAGAAAAUACCCGGACUUUAGAAUUACCUGGCCCGUCUGAGACAGGUAGAAGAAUUGCUGAUUACGUGACUUGUGAAAGCACAAAAACUACCUUGCCUCUGAGUACGGAAGAAGAUGUCCGGGUCAAAGUAGAAAGGUUAAGUGAUGAGGAGGUCCACGAGGAAGUGUCCCAGCCUGUCAGUGCAUCUCAGAGUUCCCUGAGUGAUCAGCAGACAGUGCCAGGAAGUGAACAAGUCCAAGAGGACCUUCUGAUUAGUCCACAGUCUUCAUCUAUAGGCUCAGUAGACGAAGGCGUGACCGAGGGAUUACCUACGCUUCAGAGCACUUCCAGCACUAAUGCUCAUGCAGAUGAUGAUGAUCGAUUGGAAAAUGUUCAGUAUCCCUACCAACUCUACAUUGCUCCUUCUACCAGCAGUACAGAACGACCAAGUCCAAAUGGUCCAGACAGACCUUUUCAGUGUCCGACCUGUGGGGUGCGAUUCACCCGCAUUCAGAACCUAAAACAGCACAUGCUCAUCCACUCAGGAAUUAAACCAUUUCAGUGCGACCGCUGUGGGAAAAAGUUCACCAGGGCUUACUCGCUAAAGAUGCAUCGCCUCAAGCACGAAGGUAAACGCUGUUUCCGGUGCCAGAUAUGUAGUGCCACUUUCACUUCCUUCGGGGAAUAUAAACACCACAUGAGGGUUUCCCGGCACAUUAUCCGCAAGCCUCGGAUUUACGAGUGCAAAACAUGUGGCGCCAUGUUCACCAACUCUGGAAAUUUAAUCGUGCACCUGAGGAGUCUGAACCAUGAAGCAUCAGAGCUAGCAAACUACUUCCAGAGCAGUGAUUUCCUAGUACCGGACUACUUAAACCAGGAGCAAGAAGAGACCCUUGUUCAGUAUGAUCUUGGAGAACACGGUUUUGAAAGCAACUCCUCUGUUCAAAUGCCUGUAAUUUCGCAGGUCUCCUCGACCCAGAAUUGUGAAAGCGCUUUCCCCCUGGGGUCUCUCGGUGGGCUGGCAGAGAAGGAGGAAGAAGUGCCAGAGCAGCCAAAGACCAGUGCUUGUGCUGAGGCCAGCAGAGAUGACCCCCCGAAGUCAGAGCUGUCUUCUAUAACUAUCGAGUAAUUUCGUGGUUUGGCUUCAUGUUUGGUUUUUGGAAAGUGCCUGUGCUUGGUCUUGUACAUUUAAUUUAAAUUUUUAAACAACAAAAAAGGGGGGGGUGGGAAAGAGUUUCCCUUUUUACUUUAUAAGCCCUGCAACUGAUGUUUUAUUUUUCAUAACUGAGAGAUUGCUUCUGUAAGUACACAGUAACAUAACGUUGAAACAUCAUAGAAACUAUGGACUUAAGGAGAACCAGUUGACUUUAAAACACAUACCGGUUUCUUCUUCCAUUGUUAAAGGUAGACUAACAACAGAUCAUUAGGUAGAGAAGGAAUCAGGUGAUCAUUGACCUUCCUGAGAUGAAAGGAUACUCAAGAAACAGAUUAAACAGAAUUUACAAAUGGCCUGGGUAGAUAUUUACUACUACAUACAGGACGCUGUACAAUACUUUGUUGAGCCUGUUGUUUUUGAAAGUAUUUAUGGUAAGCUUUCUUAAAAAUUAUUAGGGCAAAUACUUCUGAAAUGCAGCAUACUCUUUUAAACUUUGUGGUUUCUGUUAUGAUUUUUCAUGGUGAAAAUUUGGUAUUGAGAGAGGCAUUCCCUAUACUUUAUAGUACUACUCCAAAGGCCAAGAAGCAUGAUUGAGAAUAGUCAGGCUAUGGAUGAAAUGACCAGGAAUGGAGAAUGAAGUAUGUAAAUCUCAGCUCCAUGGGAACUUUUUAAGUAUUGCUUUUCUGACUAAAAUUGAUGUUUACCUGGUCUUUGAAUGUAAUGCCUGAUUCACUAUGUCAUUGCCCAAGUCAGUUUUCCUCUUACCCCAUCACCAGUAUGUUUUCUUGCAUAUACUGGUGUGCUACCAUAUAAAGGAAAAAUAUUGGAGAUAUUCUAUAUUUUAUAUAUAGGUUUAUGUAUUGUUGGGGGUGUUUUUAUUGUGUUGUUUUGGACAAAAUAAAGAAUUCACUAUUGAGGCUA